AUAUUUAUUAAGGUGUUAAUAAACCACAAAAACGAAUUAAAUGGGUUUAGAAUUAACCACAUAAUCUUUUCAGGCUAUUAAAUAAACGUUAAAAAGCUUAGUUAAUUAGAGGGGUAAAGAUUAAAAAAAAAAAGUUGACAUAACCUCCAAAAAUCAAUAAAUUAAUAAUUAAAGAUGAGUUUAAACUCAAAAAUAACCUGUUUUGUACCAAAUUGCAAUAACAAUAAGCUUAAGAAUACUGAGUUAUAUUUUGUAAAAGUUCCCCGGAGCCAAAUUCGUCGAAUAAAGUGGUUCAAAGCUGUUGGAGUGCUUAAAGAUCCAAGUACGGCUUCGAAUCUCAUUUGCUGCGAGGACCAUUUCGACUUAGAAAAUGACUCAGAGAAUUGGGGAUAUUUCAAUUAUUACAAAAAAAAGUUAUCGGUGUGUAGAUUAAAAUUAAAACCCAACGUUGUGCCACACAAAAAAAUCACCACACCGAAAGUGGAGUUUGUUGAGUGUAAAGAAAGUUACGAAAUGAGUUCUUAUAAUCAUACGAGAAUUCCAGAUCCGUUAAAUGUGGAAUUUACGAGUAGGAUGCAAAAAUUUAGGUUUAAAUUGAAAGAGGAUCCUGAAAAGCUUAAAAAUCAUUUGGAGAAGGAAAGGGAAAGGGAUAAGAGGCGGAGAAAUUUUAAGAAAUUAAUUACGGAUGAUAAUGCUUUGAAUGAGAAGCGAAGGAAGGAUCGGGAGAGACAAAGAAAAUAUAGGGAGAAUAAAAGGAGGUGUCAUAACGUCAUUUGAACUUCUUUUAUUAAAGUUAUUAAGUUUAAGUUAUUAAUUUUUAUAACAUCAAGUAUUUAUAUGUAUUUAAAACUUCAAGCCUUUUU